ACCUAGGCGCCUGAGAGGCUCUCCACCGGUGAGGGUUUGCGGGGAAGAUGGAGUAUCCCGCGCCGGCCACGGUGCAGGCCGCGGACGGCGGAGGGGCCGGGCCUUACAGCAGCUCGGAGUUGCUGGAGGGCCAGGAGCCGGACGGGGUGCGCUUUGACCGCGAGAGGGCGCGCCGCCUGUGGGAAGCCGUGUCCGGUGCCCAGCCGGUGGGUAGAGAGGAAGUGGAGCACAUGAUCCAGAAGAACCAAUGUCUCUUCACCAACACCCAGUGUAAGGUUUGCUGCGCCUUGCUUAUUUCUGAGUCCCAGAAGCUGGCACAUUACCAGAGCAAAAAACAUGCCAACAAAGUGAAGAGAUACCUAGCAAUCCAUGGAAUGGAGACAUUAAAGGGGGAAAUGAAGAAGCUAGACUCAGAUCAGAAGAGCAGCAGAAGCAAAGACAAGAACCAGUGCUGCCCCAUCUGUAACAUGACCUUUUCCUCCCCUGUCGUGGCCCAGUCGCACUACCUGGGGAAGACCCACGCAAAGAACUUAAAGCUGAAGCAGCAGUCCACUAAGGUGGAAGCUCUGUCGAAACGCCUUACAAAUCCUUUCCUUGUGGCCUCCACCUUAGCCUUGCACCAGAAUAGAGAGAUGAUAGACCCAGACAAGUUCUGCAGCCUCUGCCAUGCAACUUUCAACGACCCUGUCAUGGCUCAACAACAUUAUGUGGGCAAGAAACACAGAAAACAGGAGACCAAGCUCAAACUAAUGGCACGCUAUGGGCGGCUGGUGGACCCUGCUGUCACUGACUUUCCAGCUGGAAAGGGCUACCCCUGCAAAACAUGUAAGAUAGUGCUGAACUCCAUAGAACAGUACCAAGCUCAUGUCAGCGGCUUCAAACACAAGAACCAGUCACCAAAAACAGUGGCAUCAUCCCUGGGCCAGAUUCCAAUGCAAAGGCAACCCAUUCAGAAAGACUCAACCACCUUGGAAGACUAGAGCUAGGGGUGGCCGUGUCACAGUCUGGCCAAGGAAAUGAAAUUGGGAGUUGCUGUGUGGAAACUCAACUCUCUGGAACUUCUUCCUUCCUCCUGCCUCUGCACAAAUGUGAUGGCAGCAGCUGAAGCCAACAUCUUGCGACCAUGAGAGAAAAACCUGGAGAACAGACGAGUCCUCAACCCUGACUUCAGACCAACCUACACCCACCUCUAGACGUGGGGCUAAGUGAGAGAUGGAUACACUGUUUCAUUUAAGCCCUGGUCACUUAGGUUUUCUGUUAUUCACACCCCAACAAAACCCUACAUGGUCCAGGAGGGCACCGGGCAAAGUACAGAAGGGCACGAGUUUACUUCCUGCUUCCCUGGAGACCACCAGCCCUCUCACCCUUCCAGCCCAGCCUCUGCCACUUCCCAGCUGUUGGUCCACCUCCAAACAAACGUGCAUGCCAACACCCGGUGGGUGUGAGGCUUGUAGGCCCAAGUCUAGAGAGAGCUGAGUCUGGCAAAGCCUGAAAGCCCCUGUCCUAGCAAGCCAGGCCACAGGUCUAGAGUAUCCGAGACCAGUGAAUAAGGGGACGGGGGGUGCUACUGAGACUGUGAGAAGCCCCAGGACCCGCCCAGGGUAGUUAGAACUGAGUGAGGUUAGCCGGGACUAACCUCACUCAGAUCCCUCCUCCCCAGUUCCCCUCCAUCCACUUUGGUUUGGAAGCCUCCCCAGAGCUCUCCCAGGCUGUCAUCAGCUCUAAACUCUCUGCCUCCACAAAAAUGCCCUGGGCAACCUGUAACUCACAGCCCUGCUGUCUUCAGAGUAUAAACUGGAGACAGAUGUACCCAGAAUUGAGGACGGGUGGGAAAUGAGGAGAAAUGAAGGCUGAGGAGGGGUCAUUCUCACAGUCCCUCCCUCUCGGUCACAGGAGGGUGUUGCCCAUGCUUUUGGGUGGGUCCCAGGCCCAUAGCUGCAAAUAUUCAUAUUGGCUACUCUUCAGUGAGCAAGGGGUAUAUGCCAGGCACUGGCAUUGUGCUUGACAUACAUCAUCAUACUGAGUCCUCACGGAAGAUGUAUUAUUCCCAUUUCACAGAAGAUGAAACUGAGGCUUGAGGUUAAGUGAUCUGUCCGUGACCACAAAGAGUUUUCGGGACUCAAACCCAGAUCUGUCACUGGGCAAGGUGGCUCACACCUAUAAUCCCAGCCCUUUGGGAGACCGAGGCCAGCAGAUCUCUUGUGGCCAGGAGUUCAAGCCUGGCCAACAAUGGCAAAACCCCGUCUCUACUAAAAAUACAAAAAUUAGCUGGGCGUGGUGGCACACACCCGUAAUCCCAGCUAUUCAGGUGGCUGAGGCAGGAGAAUCACUUGAACCCAGGAGGUGGUGGUUGCAGUGAGCCUAGAUCGUGCCACUGCAUUCCAGCCUGAGCGAUAGAGUAAGACUCUGUCUCCAAAAAAAAACCCAGAUCUGUCCGACUCUGACACCCAACCUUUAAUCACUCACUUUCUGUCAAUGUCACCUCCGUUUUGACCAGCCAAGCUAGACCUCCCUGGAGCCUGCGGAGAAGCCAAGGUAGAAAAGGGUUGGAAAAGAAUAAUAAAAUAGGCCAGGUGCGGUGGCUCAAGCCUGUACUCCCAGCACUUUUGGAGGCCGAGACAGGCAGAUUGCUUGAGCCCAGGAGUUCAAGACCAGCCUGGGCAACAUAAUGAGACCCUGUUUCAACUUAAAAAAAAAAUGGUAAUGAACAAUUAUCAAUUCUGAGCAGCCGGGUAUGGUAUGACCCUGUGUACUUUUUCUGUAUUUUAAAAUGUUCUCAAAAUAAAACUUGUUUAAAAAAAAAA